CUGGUUGAUUUCUAGCUCGCGCUCUCGUUCUGUAAUAGACCCCCCCCCCUCUCUGCCCAACACACACACGCACAGAAAGGCACAGUGGCUGGUGUCGGUGAAAUUCAUUUCCCUGGCUCUGUAUUUAUACAUUCUUUCUCACAAACUUUACCCUCUGUUUGAAGUUUAAACGGGGUCGCUGUGGAUUACCCGACACCGGUGCGACCGGAGGAACAAGGGGGGAAUGAACCGGGACGACGGGUAUGUUGUUACAAAUGUAAUUUUAUUAUUAUCCAAUGCUUCUUCGGAGUUUAACAGCAAGCGAGUCGCCGUGCUGAAAGAGAGGUAAAGAAAGAGUGGAGGCGAGAGAGAGGGGGAUAUCAUGGCCGCUCAGGUCGCCAGCGUCGCUGCUCUCAACACUAGCCCGCCAUCCGAACUCAAAAAGCCGGACCGGGACCCACAGGACGAGUCGGUACCGGGUGAGAAGCAGCAUGAAAACAAGGACACGGGACCUGACGCGGGAUCUCCGGUUCAGAAGGAGCUGCAGGACGGGAGCGAUGCUGGGAACGCUGGGGGAGGAGGGGAUCCUGACAUGAAGAACGGCAACGGGAAUUUACCCAGGGUAAAUAAUAACAGCAGCAAUCAGAAUGAUACAGGCGGGCCCGAAGGAAAUAACCUGCCCGGGAUGGGCCACCACCACCCCGGACCCUUUCCUCCACCUCCUUAUGGCUACAACCAGCACUACAGCCGGGGCCCUUUUCCUCAACAUGGCGGACAACAAAGCCCUGGCAUGGCAGCUGCAUCGGGGCCGGGCAUGAUGGACCUUUACCCCGCUAACUCACACGAACACGGCUACCACAACAACUACAACAGCUACACCCCGUUCCAAAACAGGACUUCAUACCAGGGCCAGGGAUACGGGCCCAUGAGUUCCCCGCGGAACAACCAGCCUCCGGCGGCUGGGGGGCAGCCAGUCAAGCAGCAGCCAGCAGGAGGAAACACUGCUAUGGCUGCCUCCUACAACAACCAGAGGUAUAACAUGGGGAGCCAGCAACCUACAUCCACGCCAACUUUGAAUCAGCUCCUGACAUCCCCCAGCUCUGCCAGGAGCUACUCAAACUACCCCCAAGGAGACUACAACAAUCAAGAAGGGGCUAACAAGGGAACAGGAGAUUUGAGCAGCAGUCAGUAUAGUGGGGUCCAUCCGGGUUGGCAACAAAGGACCCAUCAUCCGCCUCCCAUUAGCCCGGGAAACACUGGACAACCACCCAGCAGGAGCCAGCCUACCAGCCCGAUGGACCAGGUAGGGAAGAUGCGAGGCCAGCCAUACGGAGGGUCUAACCCCUACUCCCAGCAUCAGCAGGGGCCUCCCACUGGACCGGGACCCCAGCAAGGAGGUUCAUACCCGGGGCAGAGCUAUGGACCUCCAGGCCCUCAGAGGUACCCGAUGGGGAUGCAGAGCCGCACACCGGGCACCAUGGGUAGCAUGCAGUAUGGGCAGCAGAUGUCUGCAUAUGGACAACAGGGUCCAGGAGGCUUUGGCCAACAGAACCAGGGCUACUAUAGUCAGCAUGGGCCGUCUCCUCUACCCGGCCAGCAGCAACCUCCAUAUUCUGGCCAGACCCAGGGAAGCUCUGGUGCUCCCUACUCCCAGCAGGGCCAUCCUUCUCAACCCACCGGCCAACAUGCGCAGCCAGGGCCCCCAUACCAACAAUCACAAGGGCCCCAUGGACCUGCUGCAGGACAGCCUCCCUAUAGCCAGCCCCCACAGUCCCAUUCAGGACAGCCACCUUAUGUCUCUCCUCAGCAGCAGCAGCAGCCUCAACAGCAGCAGCAGCAGCAGCAGCAACAACAACAGGGUCCUGGACCCCAGAGUCAACAGGGCCCUCAGGGCCAACCUGGUUACCAACAAACCACUGGACCAGGGCAGGCACCUCAGCAACAGACCCCACAGCAGCAGCAAGGACCACAGCAGCAACAGCAACAACCAGGAGGUCCACCUCCUCAAGCCCAGCAGCCCCCAGGUCACACCCAGCAGAGCCAACAGUCACCUUACUCCCAGACACCCCCCCUGCAACAACCGCAGCAGCAACAGUCUCCAUAUCAGAGAUUCCCACCUCCUCCACAGGAGCUCUCCCAGGAUUCCUUCAGUUCCCAGUCCAGUGCCCCUCCAUCUAACCAGCCCAACAAGAGUGGUCAGGAAGACAGCAUGCAGGGGCGGCCCUCCAGUCUGCCGGAUCUCUCUGGCUCUAUCGAUGACCUGCCCACCGGCACCGAGGCGGUGUUAAGUCCAGGCGUCAGCACCUCCGGGGUGUCCAGCAGUCAGGGUGAGCAGAGCAACCCGGCCCAGUCGCCUUUUUCCCCGCACACCCCGCCCCACCUGCCUGGCAUACGUGGACCCUCGCCGUCACCCGUUGGCUCCCCGGCCAGUGUGACCCCAUCUCGCACCGGCCCGCUCUCCCCAGCUGCUGUACCAGGUAACCAGAUGCCGCCCCGGCCACCCAGCGUCCAGUCAGACAACAUGAUGCAUUCUUCCAUGAACCAGUCAGCCAUGGGCCCGGACAGAGUGUACAUGCGUAACCCUCAGAUGCCUCCGUAUGGGUCCCCUGGACAGCCUGGCUCUGCCUUAUCCCCACGCCAGUCUUCAGGAGGCCAGAUACAUAGUGGAAUGGGACCAUAUCCCCAGAACAAUACUAUGGGAAACUAUGGCCCUCAGGGGGGGCAGUAUGGCCCACAAGGUUAUCCCAGGCAGCCAGGCUACACAGGGAUGCCCAACACUAACUACCCCAGCGGAACCGGAAUGGGCAGCUCCAUGAGCCCCAUGCCGGGUCAGGGCAGUGGGGUUCCAUAUGGAAGUAUGCCAUCCGGAAGGAUAGGUCCGGGGCAGAUGGGUCCUCGGCCCUACGCUCCCAGUAUGGGUGCCAACAUAGGAAGCAUGCCUCCUCAGGUGGGGUCCGGCAUGUGCCCCCCUCCAGGCAUGAACAGAAAGGAUGGGGGCCCCACCAUGCACCACGGUCCUGCAAACUCCAUACACAACAGGCCCCCAGGCUAUCCUAACAUGUCCCAGGGUAUGUUGGGACCAGGACCUCCCUAUGGCCCAGGUAUGAACAGCAUGCACGGUGUAAUGAACCAGGGAGGGCCGGGGCCUUAUCCAGUGGGUGGGAACAUGGCCAACAACACCCCCGGGAUAGCACCUGGUUCUGAGUUUGGCAUGGACAAAAUGAACCCUACCCAAAAGGUCAACAACAAAGCUGAUGGGACUCCAAAACCUGAAUCCAAAAAGAAGUCCAGUUCUUCCACCAUCACCAAUGAGAAGAUCACCCGGCUGUAUGAGCUGGGCCCAGAGCCGGAGAGGAAGAUGUGGGUGGACCGAUACCUGGCCUUCGCUGAGGAGAAGGCCAUGGGCAUGAGCAAUCUGCCCGCUGUGGGCCGCAAACCUCUCGAUCUCUUCCGCCUCUACGUGUCCGUCAAAGAGAUCGGCGGCCUUACCCAGGUAAACAAGAAUAAGAAGUGGAGGGAGCUGGCCACCAGUCUAAACGUGGGCACGUCGAGCAGUGCGGCCAGCUCGCUCAAGAAACAGUACAUCCAGUGUUUAUAUGCCUUUGAGUGUAAGAUUGAGCGUGGCGAGGACCCGCCCCCGGACUUCUUCAAUACAGACACAAAAAAGAACCAGCCCAAGAUCCAGCCCCCGAGCCCAGCUGGUUCAGGGUCCCUCCAAGGGCCCCAAACUCCCCAAUCAACCACCAGCUCAAUGACAGAAGGAGGAGACCUGAAGCCUCCCACCCCAGCCUCCACCCCGCACUCACAGAUGCCUCCGAUGCCUGGUGUCAGGAGUAGUGUAAAUCUGCAGGAUCCUUUUGCUGAUGGCGGAGACCCAGCGUUUUCCAGAAGAAACACCAUGACUCCUAACUCUCAGGGCUACCAGCCGGGCAUGGGCGGUCCAGAGAUGAUGAGUCGCAUGGCUCCCUACGAGUCAAACAAAGACCCGUUUGGAGGCAUGAGAAAAGCCGGAGAACAGUUCAUGCCACCUAACCCUAACAGUGGAAUGGGGGAACAAUACAACAGAGGACCACCAGGUCCUAUGGGGAACAUGCCAAUGGGUCAGCGGCAGCAGUACCCAUAUGGAUAUGAACGAAGGCAGGAACCAGGCAUGGGCCCUGAUGGCAACAUGGGGCCGGGAGCGCCUCAGGCCAAUAUGAUGCCUUCUGGUUCUGACGCAGGGAUGUAUUCACCCAGCCGUCCUCCACCGCAGCAAAGGCAUGAUACCUAUACAAAUCAAUACCCUGGCCAAGGGCCUCCCCCUGGUGGCCCAUACCCUAAUCAGCAGCCAGGAAUAUAUCCACAGCAGCAACCUAACUACAAGCGGCCCGUAGAUGGAGGGUAUGGCCCUCCAGCCAAGCGCCAUGAGGGAGAAAUAUACAACGUUCCUUACAGUGGUCAGCAGCAGCAGCCUGGACCCCAGUCCUCUGGGCACCAGGGCCAGCAGGACAUGUAUAACCAGUAUAAUACAUAUCCAGGAGGAGAGCGCAGACCCCCAGGCCCACAGGGCCAGUUCCCCUUCCCCUUUGGUAGAGAUAGAGGACCUUCAUCUGCAGGUCCAAACUCCCAGACUCACAUGCCUCCUCAGAUGAUGACAAGCUCAAUGCCUUCCGGUCCUGACAGCCCCCAGGGCCCAGUGUGGCAGGGCCGCAAUGAGAUGGGUUAUCCCAAUUAUCCCAACCGACAGGGACCUCCUGUACCAGGCCAGGGCCCUGGGUACCACGGCAUGAACCGUUCAGGAGAGGAGAUGAUGCCUUCAGACCAACGCAUGAACCACGAGGGGCAGUGGCCCGGUCACGUAAACCAGAGGCAGCCACCGUUUGGACCUGCCAGUUCUGGACCACCUAUGACCAGACCCUUACCCUCAACUUACCAAGCUUCUCAGAACCACAUUCCUCAGGUGUCAAGCCCAGCUCCCCUGCCCCGGCCUAUGGAAACCAGGACAUCCCCCAGCAAGUCCCCCUACAUGCACCCUGGCAUUAAGGUGCAGAAAGCUGGCCCCCCAGUGCCCGCAUCGCAUAUCGGCCAGGCCCCUGUGCAGCAACCCAUGAUUCGACGAGAUGUGGCCUUCCCUCCUGGCUCUGUGGAAGCUACCCAACCCCACCUUAAACCCAGAAGGCGGCUCACCAUGAAAGACAUUGGCACUCCUGAGGCUUGGAGAGUUAUGAUGUCCCUAAAGUCAGGUUUAUUAGCUGAAAGCACCUGGGCCUUGGACACCAUCAACAUUUUACUGUAUGAUGACGGCAGCAUUGCUACUUUUAAUCUUUGCCAGCUACCUGGGUUCCUGGAGCUCGUAGUGGAGUACUUCAGACGCUGCCUCAUUGAGAUCUUUGGCAUUCUAAAGGAGUAUGAAGUGGGAGACCCUGGUCAGCGCACCCUGAUAGAUCCCAAUGCAGCUGAGGGUUCUGAUGAUGAAAUUCCUAUACCUGAGUAUGAAGACAUGGACACAGAUGAAGAGGAGGAUGAGGAGAAUGAGGAAAGAAAGGCCAAUCAUGACACUUCCUCACAGGUGAAGGUUAAAGAGGAGGAGGAAGAAAGCUCUCUAAAAGACAAGUCCUCAGAAGAUGAGGAUGAGGAAGAGAAAAAGGAGUCUUCUAUCAAGGAAGCCAGCUGCUCUACCUCAGGGUCUUCUCAGGACCCCAACGUCCACUUGGAAAAGCCCAAGCAGGCUAGCAAGUUUGAUAAACUCCCCAUCAAGGUGGUGCGUAAGAAGAACCCCUUUCAGUUAAACCACUUAUCCAAGCUUGGGCAGCGGCAGAGUUUUGACAGUGGCCUGAUACACUGGAGUAUUGGCGGUGGCGACACUACUGAACACAUCCAGACCCACUUCGAAAGUCAGAUGGAUCUCCUUAAGCAGCGGAAACGCAUGCCACCGGCCACUGAAGGCCGCAAGAAGGUCAAGCUGGCGGGGACAAUGACAACAGAAAACCCAGAGAAAUCCAAGUUUUGUUUAGAAGACAAGGUUCAACAACAGCCGGCCCAGUCUUCUGAUCCCAACAAGGCCUCAGGGGAGAAGACCCCUUCCUCUCUUCCCAUUGGUGCACCAGUCACUGCAACCAUUGAUGAUGUACUGUCGGCCCGACCGGGGUCGGUCACAAUGGAAGUGGUCCGCGGAGGUGCUGAGGAGCAGAAGGAGAACGGCAAGUAUCUGUUCAGCAUAAACCCUGACCCUCAGAGCCGCCGCAACGUCAAAAUCCUAGAAGAUGAGCCCCACAGCAAGGACGAAACUCCUCUCAGCACUCUGUCGGACUGGCAGGACUCAUUGGCCCGCCGCUGCAUCUGCGUUUCCAACAUCAUCAGGAGCCUCUCCUUCGUUCCAGGCAAUGACCUGGAAAUGUCCAAACACCCAGGCCUCCUGCUGCUGCUGGGCCGUCUGGUGCUGCUCCACCACAGACACCCUGAGCGCAAACAGGCACCAGUCACCUAUGAGAAGGAGGAAGAAGAAGAUGAAGGAGUGAGCUGCGACAGAGACGAGUGGUGGUGGGACUGCCUUGAGGUGUUAAGGGAGAACUGCUUGGUCACUCUGGCCAACAUCUCAGGCCAGCUGGACCUUUCCAUUUACCCAGAGAGUAUAUGUCUGCCACUGCUGGAUGGCUUGCUCCACUGGGCAGUGUGCCCCUCGGCAGAGGCCUUGGAUCCCUUCCCCACGCUUGGGCCACACAGCUCCCUUUCACCCCAGAGACUUGUCCUCGAGACCCUCAGCAAGCUCAGCAUCCAGGACAACAAUGUUGACCUCAUUCUGGCAACGCCACCAUUCAGCCGCUUGGAGAAGCUCUACGGCUCACUCGUACGCCUUGUUGGUGAACGCAAGGUGGCUGUCUGUCGGGAAAUGGCAGUUGUUUUGCUAGCUAACUUAGCUCAGGGCGACAGUCUAGCAGCACGGGCCAUCGCUGUGCAGAAAGGCAGUGUGGGGAACCUGCUAGGCUUCUUGGAGGACAGCCUGGCAGCCACACAAUACCAACAGAGCCAAAGCUCCUUGCUUCAAAUGCAGGGCGGUCCUCAUUUUGAGCCUACAAGCGUGGACAUGAUGCGGCGGGCGGCUCGGGCACUGCACGCCCUGGCCAAAGUGGAGGAAAACCACUCAGAGUUCACUUUGUACGAGUCGCGCCUACUAGACAUCUCAGUGUCCCCACUUAUGAACCCUCUGGUGUCCCAAGUCAUCUGUGAUGUACUGUUUCUGAUUGGCCAGUCAUGACAGCCGCCAGGGGCUUUCAGCUCUGCCUCUUUCCGUUCCCCCUCCCCAAGCUCCUUUUUUUGUGUGCGUAUGUAUGUGUUGUAUGCGCGUGAGUGAAACGAGUAAAAACUGACUCUCCUUUGUUUUUAAUUUAUGCAAAAAUCACUUCGGACUCUACUGUCUUUUUACCCCUGCUUCUCACUAAAGGAAGGAAUAUCAUGAAGUAGCUGUGGAUUUUAACUGUCUCACACGGAGCAGGAAAGAGCAGAUCGGGACCCAGGCAUAGGACAGAGUGCACUGCCCUGCGGACUGAACUUGUUUUUUAAUUAAAAGAAAAACUCCAUAAAAAAAAAGAAGAAAAAAAACUGUAACCAAAGUUGCUGUCUCGUUUACAGUGAGUUUGGAGGAUUCAUGUGCUCGCAGUCCCCCUCAGAGGGGUCUGCAGGGCACAUAGGAAACAAUAUUAUGGUUCAUGUUCGGAGGCUAGGUAGACUCAUGGACUGUGGUGUGGUAUAAUUGCUGUAAUUUUGGAUGCUAUAUACUCAGCCUCACAGGAACCACAUUAUUGGCUAUGAACAGACGUUUGUCAUGGGAGGCCUGUGCAGUAGAUUGUAGGACUUUUUUCUGUACUGUACACCUUAAGAACUGUAAACAUACUGUAAUAAUACUGUUUCACACUGAGAUAUGCUGGCUUGGCAGCAAACUGUAGUUUUUAAAAACAGUUUUAGUUCAUGUCGAGAGAAAACGGCUUUCCCCCCAAAGUAUGGUGAACCUACAACACCCCGACCUCUUCUCUUUGUCCCUUGAUUGUAUGACCUGACCCUCUUAUAUUAAAAAGUCACCUAUAGGACUGGUCCUCAACGCUAGACGCAGUCCAGGCUGCAGUGUAAAUAUCACGUUGUACAUUAUACUUCUCUCUUUCUCAGCUUCUGUUGCUCUUCAUCGUUUUUAAUCUUUGACGUUUUGUCCCUCACCCCCGUGCGCCAUGUAAUUUACUUGACGCCCACCCUGCUCCGUUAUUUCGGCGCCCCGCCCCACACCCUGUACCACUCAGCGCUCUGGGGAGGGUGUCCAGCUGCUGUCCGAUGCCACAUCUAAACAAGCGUCAAGCUUCAGCUUGUCUCUGGGCUGAGUGUAGAGCUUAUUAACAAAAAUGUCCACGGUUUCAUUAGAGCUCCCUCACAAAGACAAACUAAACCUUGAUGAAGAAACUAGUUUUAAUUUUGUUUUUUGUUUUUUUUUUGUUUUUUUUCCAGUGAUGCGGAUUCUGCAUAUUUGUAUCUCAGAUGAUGUAGCUAAAGACUUGAUGUAAAUUCCUUUUUCCCCCUUUUUUGGCUUAAUGAAUAUCAUUUAUUCAGUAUGAAAUCUUUAUACUAUAUGUUCCACGUGUUAAGAAUAAAUGUACAUUAAAUCUUC